AUGGCUAGUUCAACACCAAUUUCAGCGCUUUUCCUCUUCUUCCUCCUCGCAUCUGGCUCUGCGGCCACAGCACCCAGCAAGAGAAGGUUGGUGUUUUACUUCAAUGACAUUCUUUACGAUGGAAAGAAUGCAAACAGAACCACUUUGGCAGGAGAAAACCAUUUGGGUGACAUGGUCGUCUUUGAUGACCCCGUUAACUUGGACAACGAUCUGCAGUCAACCCAAGUUCGUUGUGCACAAAGCUUAUAUUUCUAUGGCAAGAGAGAUAUAUUCACUGCUUGGCUUGGCUUCUCCUUCGUGUUUAACUACACCAAGCGCACUGGAGGAAGCUUCAACUUUCCUGGUGCUAAUCCUUUGAUGGGCAAGGCCGAGGACAUUUCAGUGAUUGGGGGUACUGAUGAUUUCUUCAUGGGUCAAGGGAGGGCAAUUUUGAUGAUUAAUUCAUUUCAGGGGAAACUGUACUUCAGGCUUCGCCUUGAUUUUAAUCUUUAUGAGAGUUGGUAG